GCUCGAGGCGCCGCGCGGGGCCAGGCCAUAUCCAUCUCCCGAGCCCGGGCCCUGUGUCGAGAGGCCCAGAGAAGCCGCCGCCAUGGGCGACGAGGCCAAGCCGGAGGAGAAGGACAAUUUUGACGUAGGGCCCCUUUCGGUGCUGCAGAAGUGCGUGAAGGACAACUCCCAGGUCUUGAUAAAUUGCCGGAACAACCGGAAGAUCUUGGCCCGCGUCAAGGCUUUCGACCGCCAUUCCAACAUGGUGCUGGAGAACGUCCGGGAGAUGUGGACGGAGAUCCCGCACGGAGGCAAGAAGAAGGCGAAGCCCGUCAACAAGGAUCGCUUCAUCAGCAAGCUCUUCCUGCGCGGGGACUCUGUGAUCUUGGUGCUCAGGAACCCGAAGUGAUCUCGUGCGGACGCGGCGCGGCGGGCGUGGGCUUGGGGAGAGAGGGGAGGCAGGGCUGCGGGGAUUGGAGGGGGGAUCCUGUGCGGUUGAAAUCGCUCGGCCCCGCCUUCGCGAUCAUAAUUGAGCUGCGAGACGAAAAGAGAACGGUGCACCAUCCGCUCCUUAGUACCGUUUAACCGACCUCUAUCCCUGGGGAUCCCCAUCCACAUAUCCUUUCCGCUCCCAAGCGCGCUCCCGCCCGCUUUCCACCGUGCCCAGUUCGGCUACGUGCAUUCCACGUCUGCCUUAGAACGCGACUAGGUUUCUCGUCGCUGCGACUAAAAAGUGUUUCGCGCCGCCAGCGCCGCGCGCAAAGCGCGUCGUGCGCUGGGCGCGUCUCCUCCCCACGCUUUGCAAUCUGGCAGCCAACCGUGAUCAUAAGGACGAGCCGUUUACUAAGGGUACCAUUGCAACCCUGCCUCUCGG